AUGGACCAAGUUGUUUCCUCGUCUGGCCCCGCACGCUCUGCCGCGAGCGCAAGGGGUGCAGAGUCCAUUAACCUGCUCACUAUUGACGCCAAAGGCUUGCAGUCGUUGUUGGCCGAUAGAAAAUUCACAAGCCUGGAUCUCGUUCGACAAUGUCUCGCUCAGAUUCAGCAGCACGACGGUUACCUCCACGCCAUGAUCGAAACGACGCCAGUGCAUAUCCUCGAGGAAACGGCCACAUCGCUUGACCGGGAGCGGGCGGGUGGAACUCUGCGGGGGCCGCUCCAUGGAAUCCCAAUUCUUGUCAAGGACAACAUCAACACCCCGACCUUGGGGCUUCCGACUACUGCCGGUAGCUUCGCUCUGCUGAACUCGAAAGCACGAGAAAACGCCAAAAUUGUCGACCGGAGCAGGGGAUCGGAUAUGCCGAGCGGUUGGUCCGCUGUGGGCGGACAGGUCCAGUCAGCAUAUAUCGCCGGCGGCGUUGACCCGACUGACUCCAAGGAUGGUCACUCGAGUCCCUCCGGAUCGUCCUCCGGCUCCGCGGUAGGCGUGUCCGCCGGGUACGCGCCCCUUGCGAUCGGCACCGAGACCGACGGGUCGCUUGUCUGCCCUGCCGGCAGAGCCGCUUUGUACACGAUCAAACCGACCAUCGGGCUCGUCCCUCAAGAGGGCAUCAUCCCCAUAUCGCACCAUUUCGACACGGCAGGGCCCAUGACCAAGUCGGUUUGCGACCUGGCAGAUUUGUUGGAUGUUUUAGCCGCAAGACCACGCUCUGAGUCGUUCACGGCGGACUUAACUGAGUCUUGGGGGAGCAUUUCGGUUGCUGUUCUUGAUCCGGAUAAGUGGAAGUUUUCUGAGGAUUGGGUGAAGCCUGUUCAGGGGGCGGAAGCUCAGAUCAGUCGAGACAUCCGUCACGCAUAUGACGUUAUCAAGCUCAAGGCGAAGAAGUUCGUCAACGACGUGGACCUUGUUUCUGUUGACGAUCUCGAACUUGAUGGAGAGAGCAGCGAGGGGAUUGUCGUGGCGGUUGACCUGAAGAACAACCUCAAUACAUAUCUUGAGGACCUUGAGGAAAGCGAAGUGCGGUCUCUUACGGAUGUGAUCGAUUACAACCUUAAACACUCCGACAAGGAGCUUCCGCCGCACCAUCCGAGGCAGGACCGCUUCAUCGACUCCCAGAACAAUACCGUCCCCCCCGAUUUAUAUGAGCGACACUUGCAGCAUCUCCGCCACGUGGCCAGAGACCGCGGGGUAGACCGUGUCUUUGCAAAAUAUGACGUCGACGUCAUUCUGGGCCCGACGGACAGCGGCCUCACAUCCAUAGCCGCAGCCGGAGGAUAUCCUCUGUGCGCAAUGCCAUUGUCCUACUUGGACUACAAUGGGCGGCCGUUUGGGGUCUCGGCUAUUGCGGCGCGCGGCCGUGAUGAUCUCCUGGUCAAGGUCUUGAGUGCGUGGGAGGCAACCUUUGACCAGCGCAAGCCGCCCCGGUCCCUGAUGGGGUAA